UUGGGAAAAAAGCCACUGUGGAAAGUUACACAUCGGAGCACAAUACUUCGUAUUGGUUGCCCGUUGUAUGAUAGCGCUCAAAUUAUGGGGGAACCUUUUUUUUUUCUAUUGUGUUGCAUUUCUUGAAAUACUCGCGGCUUUCCGUAGCACUCCGUCUGCCUGCCCCCAAUUUCGUGCCGUGCAGACCAUACGCACUAUUGAGUCAAGCAUUUGAACCUGACAACCAAAAGCGUCAUCAUGAGUAGAAAUUACAACGACGAGUUGCAAUAUUUGGACAAGAUUGACACCAACUGCUGGAGAAUAAAAAAGGGCUUUGUUCCCAACAUGAAGGUGGAAGGAAUCUUCUACGUCAACGAGCCUCUAGAAAAAUUGAUGUUUGAGGAGCUGCGGAAUGCGUGUCGAGGAGGAGGUGUGGGUGGAUUCCUUCCAGCCAUGAAACAGAUCGGAAACGUGGCGGCCCUGCCCGGGAUCGUCAACAAAUCCAUUGGGCUCCCAGACGUCCACUCGGGUUACGGCUUCGCCAUCGGGAACAUGGCUGCCUUUGACAUGGACGACCCGGACGCGGUGGUGUCUCCGGGAGGCGUGGGCUUCGACAUCAACUGCGGCGUGCGUCUGCUGAGGACCAACCUGGAUGAGCGAGAUGUGCAGCCCGUCAAGGAGCAGCUGGCGCAAUCGCUCUUUGACCACAUCCCGGUCGGCGUCGGCUCCAAAGGCGUCAUCCCCAUGGGAGCCAAGGACCUGGAGGAGGCGCUGGAGAUGGGGGUGGACUGGUCGCUGCGCGAGGGCUACGCUUGGGCCGAGGACAAGGAGCAUUGCGAGGAGUACGGCAGGAUGCUGCAGGCCGACCCAAACAAGGUCUCGUCCAAGGCCAAGAAACGGGGACUGCCCCAGCUGGGAACGCUGGGAGCGGGAAACCACUACGCCGAGAUCCAGGUGGUGGACGAGAUUUACGACGACUACGCGGCCAAGAAGAUGGGCGUGGACCACAAGGGGCAGGUGUGCGUCAUGAUCCACAGCGGCAGCAGAGGCCUGGGUCAUCAGGUGGCCACAGACGCGCUGGUGGCCAUGGAGAAGGCCAUGAAGCGUGACAAGAUCGCCGUCAACGACCGGCAGCUGGCAUGCGCUCGCAUCACGUCGCAGGAAGGACAGGACUACCUGAAGGGAAUGGCCGCCGCCGGCAAUUACGCCUGGGUCAAUCGCUCGUCCAUGACCUUCCUCACCAGGCAGGCCUUCUCCAAAGUGUUCCAGAGCACGCCGGACGACCUGGACAUGCACGUCAUCUACGACGUGUCGCACAACAUCGCCAAGGUGGAGGAGCACAUGGUGGACGGACGCCAGCGCACCCUGCUGGUGCACCGCAAGGGCUCCACGCGCGCCUUCCCCCCCCACCACCCGCUCAUCCCCGUCGACUACCAGUUGACGGGCCAGCCGGUCCUGAUCGGGGGAACCAUGGGCACGUGCAGCUACGUCCUCACCGGCACCGAGCGCGGCAUGACCAACACUUUCGGAACCACAUGUCACGGAGCGGGUCGAGCUCUGUCCCGGGCCAAAUCCCGCCGCAAUCUGGACUUCCAGGACGUUCUGGACCAGCUGGCCGACAAAGGCAUCGCCAUCCGGGUGGCGUCCCCCAAACUGGUCAUGGAGGAGGCUCCCGAGUCGUACAAAAACGUGACGGAUGUGGUGGACACGUGUCACGAGGCCGGCAUCAGCAGGAAGGCCAUCAAACUGAGGCCCAUCGCCGUCAUCAAAGGAUAACCCAAAUAAAGGCUUCAUUCAAAGCGCA